CAGCAGCUGCGGCAGCGAUAAUGACUUUUUCCAUAAUUACAAUAUAUCUCACUAGAAGAAAAGGUUCUUUUAGUGCUGUCAUAGCAAUGACCUUCAGGCUAAAGAAAUCACAGCAUGUUGGCAGGGUUAAAACAUUUAUGAUGGACUAUCAUUCUCUUACUCCACGACGUUAUUCAUAUUCAGAAAUCAAGAAAAUGACCAACUCAUUCGUCUAUACACUAGGCCAGGGAGGAUUUGGUAAUGUAUACAGAGGAAAGUUACCAGACGACGGUCAUCUUGUAGCUGUAAAAGUCCUAAAAGAGUCCAAAGGUGAUGGAGAAGAGUUCAUGAAUGAAGUUGCAAGCAUCAGUAGAACUUCCCACGUGAAUGUAGUUACCCUUUUGGGUUUCUGCUACGAGAGGAAUAAAAGAGCUUUGAUUUAUGAAUUCAUGCCCAAUGGAUCUUUAGAUAGGUUUAUAUCUGAUAAAGGAACCCCACUUACAAACUGUCGUUUAGAAUGGAAAAAAUUAUAUGAAAUUGCAGUUGGUAUUGCUAGAGGUCUGGAGUACUUGCAUAGAGGAUGUAACACUCGGAUUGUGCAUUUUGACAUAAAGCCUCACAACAUUCUUCUUGAUGAUGAAUUUUGUCCAAAGAUCUCUGAUUUUGGUCUCGCGAAGCUAUGCCAGAGCAAAGCAAGUAAGAUUUCGAUGAUAGGUGCAAGAGGGACUGUUGGUUACAUAGCACCUGAAGUAUUCUGCAGAUCUUUUGGAGGAGUAACUUACAAGUCUGAUGUGUAUAGUUAUGGAAUGAUGGUUCUUGAAAUGGUCGGACAAAGGAAAGACUUUGAUAUGGGAUCAUUGGAAACCAACGAGAUGUAUUUCCCAGAUUGGUUUUAUAUGUAUCUUGAACCAGGAAAGAUUUCAACACUUUGUGGAGGUACAACGGAAGAGGAAGAAGAGAUUGUUGAAAAGAUGAUCUUAGUUGGUUUGUGGUGCAUCCAAACCAUUCCAUCACAUAGACCAUCAAUGACAAAGGUGUUAGAGAUGUUUGAAGGCAGUCUUCAGUCUUUGCAAAUUCCACCGAGACCUUCCUUUUCUUCUCCUAGAAGAUCCGCUCAAGAGCACUCUUCCACUGUAUCAUCACUGCCUUGCGGGUCAUCGCAGGGAGAUGAGGUAAACAAAUUGCCUGCUGAUGGAAGUGACUUGUAACCGGAAACUGAAAACAUUUUGUCCAUGAUGUUAA